CUCCACUGGGACUGCACGCUUUAAAAGUGGCGCCUGCAAUUUUCUGGUGGUUGGAAGAUUUACAAAGUCUCCUUCGAGUUAGGUUUGACUCCUGGUGGUUUUAGGGAGGUGGUUUUCUUGGCAACAAUAUGAGGCUGAUCUACUUAUUGCUCUCUUCUGGGUUUUUUUUUUUCCUUACUUCCAUGCACAUCUGAACCUGGUGAAUACGCCUGGUGGCUCAGCAGACUGAUAGCAUUGUGAUUAACAUCAGCUGUCUGCAAUUACUGUAAGUUCGAAUCUCACCAGGCUCAAGGUUGACUCAGCCUUCCAUCCUUUCUAAGACAAAGAGAAUAGCAAUCAGAGCACUCUGGACAACCGAAAAUAACAAGCAGCAUUGAAAAGGAAAGCAAAUAAAGCCAACAAUCAAAAUAAUUUCUAUUUUCUCCAGAAAACCAGAGACUUUUCUUCACUAGUUUCCAAAUUCAAAAACCAUGGGACAUCAGCGGGAAGGAAAAAAUCACUUGGAUAGCCAUGUAGGGCAGAUAGCACUGCAAGCCUCACCUAUGUGGAAGGAAACAGUAGCUUGAGUCAAAACUCCCAUCUAACAAGGGAUCCAAAGAAUGUUUAACUUCCUGGAGAAUUCAAGAAUGCCAGUGGUGGAAAAACAUACAUGUACAUAUUGUGGGGAAAGCAUGGAUAGUAAAUCACAAUUGAUAAUACACCAUGUAUGAGUGUCCAGUUUGUGGGAAAACUUUCAGUCAGAAUUCCAGCCUGAUGAUACACCAGUGGACACAUACAGGAGACAAACCAUAUGAAUGUCCAGAAUGUGGGAAAGGUUUCCGUCAGAAUUCCCACCUGAUGAUACACCAGAAGAUUCACACAGGCGAGAAACCAUACGAGUGUCCAGAUUGUUCGAAAUGUUUCAUUCGGAAUUGCGACCUGGUGAUACACCAGAGGACACACACAGGAGAGAAACCAUAUGAGUGUUUGGAUUGUGGAAAAUGUUUCAGUCAGAAUUUUGACCUAGUGAUACAUCAGAGGACUCACACAGGAGAGAAACCAUAUGAGUGCCCAGUUUGUGGGAAAAAUUUCAAUUGGAAUUCGCACUUGGUGGUACAUCAGCGGACUCACACAGGAGUGAAACCAUAUGUUUGUCCAGAUUGUGGGAAAAGUUUCAAUUGGAAUUCGCACUUGGUGGUACACCAGCGGACUCAUUCAGGAGAGAAACCAUAUGAGUGUCCAGAUUGUGAAAAAAGUUUCAUUCGGAAUUCCGAUCUGGUGAGACACCAUGCAACACACACAGGAGAGAAACCAUAUGAGUGCCUGAUUUGUGGGAAAAGUUUCAGUCGGAAUUCUUACCUGCUAAUACACCAGAAGAUUCACACAGGAGAGAAACCAUAUAAGUGUCUGGAGUGUGGGAAAGGUUUCAGUCAGAAUUCCUCCCUGGUGAUACAUCAGAGAACUCACUCAGGAGAGAAACCUUAUGAGUGUCUAGACUGUGGAAAAUGUUUUAGUCAGAAUUCCAGCCUGGUGAGACACCAGAGGAGUCACACAGCAGACAAAGUUUAUGAAUGCCCAGAUUGUGGAGAAGGUUUCUGUCUGAAUUCCCACCUGGUGAUACACCAGAAGAUUCACACAGGGAAGAAACUGUAUGAGUGUCCAGAUUGUUGGAAAUGUUUCCUUCGGAACUCUGAGCUGGUGAUACAUCAGAGGACUCACACAGGAGAGAAACCAUACGAGUGUCCAGACUGUGGGAAAGAUUUCAGUACUAGGUCUAACCUUAUAAAUCAUGUGCGUAUACACACAGGGGAGAAACCAUUUAAGUGCCCUGACUGUGGACAGUGCUUCCGGAAACAUUCCACCCUUAUUGCACACAAGAAAAUCCACAAGAGGCCCAAAGUGAUGAAUGUAGAGAAGGCUUGAAUUUCCUUUCUAAUGUCCCAUUGUAAAUCCAGCUGAGAAAUUGACUAUUUACUUUCUGGCCUGAUUCUUUUUAGUUAAAUAUGUCAUAGUAUUAGACGUGAAGGAGGGGAGAAAUUUGAGAAUGGCUACCUGGCCGUUAGCAGCAAAUGUUGCUGGAUAUUUAUUUUUGCAGAAAUUGUACAAUUCUGCAAAAAAAUUUUUAGCGGCCUUCUUUUCAUUUUUAUCAUGAUAGAUUACAGAAAUGUCACUUGCAGAGUCCCAGGGUUCUUCUACCUGAGUGUCCUCAAGGUUUUGAGCCACAGAAUUUUCCAACCAGCAUCUCUUCAAGGUAGGAACACUCUAACACAGAUUAUAGUUAGAGAUUGCGGCUCCUCAUAUAAUGAGAAAGCCAGAGAAGAAGCAAAGCAGUUUCAAAGUUCAUCUUUUUCUAAUUGUUCCAGGAAUUCAUUGCACCAAGCAUGUCUGUUCAGAUUAUGUCAAUGAGGUACCCAAGUCGAAGAAUAUCAAAUAUAUUGGGGGAAUUUGUGGCAGUGACAAAACCAGUGUAAAAUUUCAAAUAUAAAGACUAUUCUGCCCUGCAGGUGGCUUCAAUGGAGAAGAGCUGGAGGAAUAUUGAGUUGAGGAGAAAAGGGAUUGUGGUUUUGAGCAUAAGAUCUCCAGGUUUAUUCGCAACUCCUGCUUUGAUCUUUGCUUGCAAGUGCCUCCUUGUUAACCUUUGAUGGCUGGUGGGUGAGAGCAGAACCAAGGGGCUGAUACUUUUGUGGUUCCCCCCACUUGAGGAAAUGUGAGAAAAAAAUUGUACAGUAGACGUUUCAUUGCUAAAAGAGCAUUGUGUAAGAAUCAUGAAUAGCUUUUGAGAAAGACAAAUAAAGGCAGGUGUCAGCAUUUCUGUAAACACUGGGACAAACGUGUUCCCAACACAUGUGAGAUAUUUUCUGUUCUUUCACUUUUCUCCCAGGGCUCCUUAAUUUUUUUCAAAAAUUCAUUCAAAUAAAGAGAGGAACUUUUUUUGUAGCGGCAAAAGUGACAUUUUAGCAAUGCAGAUUAAUGAUCCUGAUUUUGCUGGGAUUGGAAGACACCAAAGAAUUCCACAUUUGUUCAUUUCUGUAACACAGUUCAAAAAGACAGGUUACAAUUUUUUUAGUGAGUCACAUUGCAUGUGAUCCCUUUGCAGAAGGAUCAGGAGCAGAUCAGGACUGGUGUCUGGAGGAACCAAGAGGCUCUCUUGGCCCGAGUCUCAACCUCCAAGUGACUUUGAAUUUAAUGUGCAAAAUUUCUAAACUUCAAAAUAGUAAAUUUAUAUUUAAUCAA